AUAUCUGUUUCACUAGUAAGUACACGUCUUGCAAAGCCAGGAUGACGCCAGCGCCACUUCCAGCGACGCUCUCUGGUGAUAUAGACACGCUUAUGAUCGAUAAUUUCGAUUCAUUCACGUGGAAUCUAUACCAAGUACUCUCACUUCUCGGAACACAGGUCACUGUCAUUCGUAACAAUGCGCUCACUCCUGACCAGCUCCCUCUUCUUCGCAUUAACCGCCUCAUAGUCAGCCCAGGUCCUGGUCACCCCAAGACCGACUCUGGCGUGUCUAGAGACGCGAUCAAGUAUUUUGCAGGCAAAGUCCCAGUGUUAGGUGUUUGCAUGGGUUUGGAGUGCAUCGUCGAUGUAUACGGUGGUGAGAUCGGUUAUGCCGGGGAAAUAAAGCAUGGAAAGCUGUCCCCCAUCACCCAUGACGCACGCUCCAUUUUUAUCUCCUUGCCCCAGUCCAUCCUGAGCACCCGUUACCAUUCCCUCUCGGCCUCUCUCCUCUCCCUGCCUUCUUGUCUCAUGGUCACCAGUGCCACCUCCGACACUGGUGUCAUAAUGGGCGUCCGCCACCGCACCUACGUCGUCGAAGCCGUGCAGUACCACCCAGAAUCCAUCUUAUCACAGGAGGGUGAAGGUCUCCUGAGGAAUUUCUUGGAACUAAAAGGAGGCACUUGGGAAGAGAACCCCCACGCAAAAGUGAACGAUCCAGAGAUGCCCCCCUUCCCAUACGACGCUCUUACAGACAAGUCCAAAUCUAUCACUACAGACGACGCCAAGUCCUCCGCCCCCUCCAUCCUCACAAAAAUCGCAAAAAAACGCACCUCCGAGCCCUCUAACGCACACCUCUCCCUGCACCUCGCACCUCCGCCGAUAUCCCUCUCCCAGCGGCUGCUUCACGCGCGCAACGGCAUGGCACUGCUCGCUGAAAUAAAGCGCGCGUCCCCGAGCGCCGGAGCAAUUGCUCCGCACACAUCUGCCCCGCACACAGCACUAUCCUACGCUCUUGCUGGUGCAAGUGCCAUCAGCGUGCUCACAGAACCAACAUACUUUCACGGCCACCUCGAGGAUAUGCGUGCCGUUCGAUUGGCCAUUGACGGCCUAAGUUCUAGGCCUGCCGUGCUCAGGAAGGAUUUUGUACUCAGCGAGUAUCAGAUUGUGGAGGCCCGUCUGGCUGGUGCAGAUAGUGUCCUCCUCAUCGUGGCUAUGCUGGGUAAGGCCAGGACACGGGAACUGCUCGAGUAUAGCAUGACCCUCGGCAUGGAACCUUUGGUGGAAGUGAACUCCCCUUCCGAACUUCAUAUCGCGCUCGACGUCGGUGCCAAGGUCAUUGGGGUGAACAACCGCAACUUGCACUCAUUCACCGUCGACAUGAGCACGACCUCGGGCGUCGCAGAGGUUCUGGAGCAAAAAGGAAAAACUGGAGAGGUCAUCUUGUGCGCGUUGAGUGGGAUCAAGGGCCCCGCCGACGCUAUUCUAGUUGGAGAGUCACUGAUGCGCGCGAAGGACAAGGGCAAGUUUAUAAGACAACUAUUGGAUUGGGAUGAGCCCGUUCCAAAAUCCCCCUCUUCACCCUCGAUCCCCCAUAUCAAUCCCUCCUACCGCCCUCCCCUGAGCACAGCAAACGCCGGCGCAGACUUCCUUGGCCUUGUCUUUGUCCCCACCUCAAAGCGCUCCGUGAGCGUGCACCUUGCGCGAGAGAUCUCUUUGGCAGUGCGCAACGCCUACCCACUUCCUGAUUCCGAUUCCGAUGAGGGUGAAGAUGAAACUUCGAACCUACCCCUUCCGUGGUUCACAUCGCACGUCCGUGCCUCUUACAUCCCAUCACCCAUGCGCAAGACGCGACCCCUCCUCGUUGGGGUAUUCCAGAAUCAGCCCUUGCGCUACAUUCAGCGAGUCGUGCGCGAUGUCGGCCUUGACAUUGUCCAGCUACACGGCUUAGAGCCCAUCGAGUGGGCCAGGAGCAUCGGGGUCCCGGUCAUAAGGGUGGGCGGGGUGCCUCCCCCUUCCGCACCAGCAUCUGUCCCUGAAGAGAAACCUGAGAACACAAGCGAGGGAAACGAGGUUGUGGAAACUUACACCGCCCCUCUUCCAUCUCCAGACCCCCUCCAGACCCUCUCGACACCCGGAUACCACCACUUUAUCCUGCUCGACACCACAUCCUCCGCUCAGUCCUCGUCUCCCAGCGGUGGUACAGGCAAAACGCUCGACUGGGCACUCGCAGCGCGUUUUGUGAGGAAGGGCGAGGUGCCUGUCAUUUCUCCGGACGAAGAACCCGCGAGCGCGUUCCCUCUGCCCCUCAUUCUUGCUGGUGGGCUCAAUCCUUUGAACGUGCGCGAAGCGGUUGAAGCGUGUGCGGCCGUGGAUGGUGGAUGUGAGCGGGGGCGUUGA